AUGAAACGGUACGAGCUCCUGAAACGAAAAAUGAGUAAAGAUCCGGAGUUAGCUGCGGCGGUUAAUCAGAAGAUGAGAGAUUACAUCCAGAAGGGCUACAUUCGACGUUUAUCAGCGAGUGAGGCGGAGGACAAACGACCAAACGACUGGUUUUUACCUAUUUUCCCGGUUACCAACCCUAAUAAACCGGGAAAAAUUCGCAUGGUUUUUGACGCGGCGGCAAAGUUCCGAGAGUUUCGCGUCGCUGUUGUGGGAGACAUUCGGGAAAUGUUCCAUCAAGUGAUGAUGCGAACGGAAGACCAACGAAGCCAGAUGAUCCUUUGGGAUGGAGACGAUCCAAACGGCGAUCCAGCCGUAUACGUGGUCACCGUGAUGACGUUUGGCGCUGCUUGUUCGCCGAGCAGCGCACAGUUCGUCAAGAAUCGCAACGCAGAGCGAUUCGAGGAAGAGUUCCCGCGUGCGGCAAAAUGCAUCAAAGACGAGCACUACGUGGACGAUAUGCUCGUGAGUGUGGAAACGGAGGAAGAGGCCGUAUGCCUAGCGAAAGAAGUUCGGGAUGUUCACCAAAAAGGAGGAUUCGAAAUCCGGAAUUGGGUAUCUAAUUCGUUAGACGUGGUGAGGCAACUGCAGACACAGGCGGAACAUCAGAAAAGCAUCGAUGUCGGCUACGGUUUAGCAACGGAAAAGGUCCUCGGUAUGUGGUGGGACACGGCUUCCGACACGUUUACUUUCCAGCUCUCGACGCAGUUUACUGAAAAGCUACAGGCUGGCAAAUCGUGCACAACGAAGCGUAACCUACUCCGGAUCCUGAUGAGCAUCUACGAUCCCAUGGGUUUGCUCGGGAUGUUCCUGAUGUAUUUAAAAGUUCUCCUGCAAGAGAUAUGGCGUUCCGGAAUAGGAUGGGAUCAGGAGCUGCAUGACCAACCGGCGGAAAAGUGGAAAGAUGUCAUUUUAGGUGAACCGCUAACACAAGAAGAGCUGACACGGGCCGAGCAGAUCAUCAUCACCCAGAUACAGGCGGACGUGUAUGCGUGUGAAAUACGCUCUUUGAAGAAGGAUCCCUCUCAGUUGCAGCCGUGGAAGAGCAGAGUGGAGAAGAAUAGUCCUCUCUACAAGUUAUCGCCGGUACUAGACGAACACGGAAUAAUAAGGAUGCGAGGGCGCCUGGCCGGGACGUUGUCGGUCAGCGAAACACUGCAGCAACCGAUUAUCCUCCCUCGGAAUCAUCGUGGAACAGAGUUGUUGAUACUCAGCUACCACGAACGAUAUCGGCACUGUAACCACCGCACGGUUGUUAGCGAGCUGCGAGCUCGCUAUUAUAUACCCCGGGUCCUUGGUGAGUACAACCGUGUACGUAAGUCCUGCCAGCGAUGCAAAAUAGACGGAGCCACUCCGGAGCCUCCCUCGAUGGGAAACGUACCAUCCCAACGAGUUGCGGUCGGGCAACGAGCCUUUUCAUUUACAGGCGUGGACUAUUUUGGACCCCUCCUGGUUGCCGUAGGAAGACGAGUAGAGAAGAGGUGGGGAGUCAUAUUCACCUGUCUGACGUGCAGAGCUAUCCAUUUGGAGAAGGCUCACUCCCUCACAACGGCGUCCUGCAUUAUGGCGAUUCGGCGCUUCAUCGCUAGGCGCGGAAAACCGAUAGAGAUCAUCAGCGAUAGGGGAACCAAUUUCGUCGGGUCGGCUCGGGAGCUCGAGGAAGCCUUGCAGACAGUGGAUGUUAACGCGAUGAUGGACGAAUUCGUUGGGCCCGAGAUGAAAUGGAGUUUUAAUCCGCCAGCCGCACCACAUUUCGGCGGAUGCUGGGAGAGACUGGUCCGGUCUGUAAAGAAAGUGCUGGGUCAAUUUGAGCUUCCACGAAAACCGACGGACGAGGUGCUGAUGUCGACGCUAACGGAAAUCGAGUUCAUCAUCAACUCGAGACCACUUACCUACGUGCCGUUGGACGACGAGAUGGACACACCGAUCACACCAAACCAUCUACUACUCGGAAGCUCCAACUGGUGCAAGCCGCCCGCCGUAUUUGACGACAGUGGUAUCGCCGCUAAAUCAGCGUGGAGAGCCGCCCAACGCAACGCUGACGUAUUCUGGAGGAGAUGGGUAUCGGAAUACCUCCCCACGCUGACCCGUCGAUCUAAGUGGUUUGUGUCGGUGCGGCCGAUUCAGGUGGGAGAUGUAGUGAUAGUAGUCGACAAUUGUUUGCCGCGGAACAGUUGGCCAAAGGGACGCGUGAUCGAUGUAGUUAGGGCCCAGGACGGUCAAGUAAGACAGGCAAGCGUCCAAACCGCCAGUGGAAUUUAUAAGCGACCUGCAACAAAGAUUGCGUUAUUAGAUGUACGGAAAGGAAACUUACCUGCGUGA